AUGUGGUCAUCAGAUGUUCAAUUGAAAUUACUUUUUGACUGUGAUAAACUUUAUAUGGAUGGACCUUUUUCCACGUCUCCAUCUAAUUUUGAUCAAGUGUACAUUUUUGAAGCUGUUCAUCAUGGACCAUUGGUAUAUCGAAACAUUCAAUUCAAGGGUUUAUCAUCAACUUAUUUGGAGAAUCUUAUGGUUCAUCGUGUGAUCCGACGAAUGAUGAUGUUCGCGUUAGUUCCUGAGCAACUUGUUUUAUCAUUGUUUGCCGGUCUCUAUGAAGAACCUAGUGAAUAUGAACGUGACGAAUUGAAAUGUGUCUUUACUUAUUUUGAACAUUAA